AUGGAGCAGGCCAUCAAUUACGGUAUUUUCAAACUUUUCGCUCUAAUGCCAAUACUGGAGAAUAUGGAUUGUCAAAUGUGGAAAUAUUUCAUAAAUGUGUGCUACAGUUUGUGUGUGAUUGCAUACAUUGUACUGCAACAGGUUAUUGUCUACAAUAUUCAGCUGUAUCAAGAUUUUUCUGGCUGGUUUAUCAGCUCCACUGUACUCCUUACUAGCUUCGUUGUCCUCGUGCAAGCAUUAGCGAUGGGAAACGGCAUGCAGCAGCUACUGGUGGAACUGAUGGAAAUUGAUACUAUGCUGGACGUUGACGAGCGUAAUCAUGCAAAGCGCCACUUCAGUGUAACAUUCUACUGUAUGUACAUUGUGGGAUUCGGGAGAAUCCUUUUUCGUACCAUCCUACUCACAUACCUCGGAUUGAGACCGCUGGGCGUAGCAUUGCAGCUAAUCAUUCCAUCGAUGAUUGUUUUAUCGCGCAUUAAUUUUCAAAUCUACCUAAUGGACCUUAUCGCAUCACAGCUUCAAACGAUUGCAACGGAACUAUCCAUCUCGCUGCAAGACGACGGUGGACGAUGCGCCAGUGAUGAAACGGACACUAUACAGCAGCUUCAGUGUAUACUGCAACGGACGGAGUACAUGUUUGGACGGUUGCAAAAAUGUCUACAAAUGGUUAACUCGCUAUUCGGCUGGUCAACGGCCGCGAUUGUGGUGCUCGUGUUCGUUGGCAUUACUUUCCAGUUUCGGAUUUCUAUGCAGCCAAUGCCGUUUGGUGCUCCAGUUGUAGAAGUACUGUAUUCGAUCAUUUUGCUAUUCGGUCUGUGUCGUUCGUCAAGUCAAUCCGUGGAAAUGGUUCACGAAAUCAAACGCAUUUUACUAAGACCCUUCUACAAUGCAUCACUUUGGGAUCAGAUCAACAAUUUUAUCGUGCGCACCAAACUGGAACCAUUCGUAUUUACCGCCAACGGGCUGUAUUCGAUUAAUUACGGACUGUUCGGUUCGACGCUCGCCGCUUCCGCAACGUACAUCGUUAUAAUGCUUCAGUUCGAGCAGAAAACGACAGACGACUAG